AUGUCGACGGGUGCCGAUUGGAUUGCCCAACAUGAUCUGCUGCGGAUUGACUACGCCAUGCUCUCGAUAACAUCGACUGUCUUCGCGAUGCGGGCUGGCAUACAGCUAUGGCGACGUAGGCAUAUCGAAGCGCAAGACAUCCUGCUCUGCAUCGCUUUCCUAGCCUACCUGGCGUUCACCAUCCUCUACAUAGUCAUCACACCCAUCUUCUUCAAGAUCCAGGCACUCCAAGCUGGCCAAAUCGCGCCAUGGCCUACCAUGAUGGCAGACAUCAAAUUCACAUCAGAAGUCAUGUGGCAGAGUGGUAUGGAGUACUGGACAUGUCUUUGGUUUGUCAAAUUCUCGCUAUUGGCGCUUUACAAGAAGCUACUGGCGGGAAUGCCGAAAGCUUACCUCUGGACUUGGUGGGUCAUGACUUUACCAAUCAGACUCAUCUGGAAUCUCCAGAUGGAAAAAGCAAAGAAGGUAGGAUGUGGUCUGUUGUUCGCAUCUGGUUUUGUGUGCAUACUCUUCUCGACCAUCCGUAUCGUCCAAGUCGGUCAAGACGGAAAGCCUCGAUCGCCAGACCCAAAAUGGCUCACAAUGUGGACCAUCAUUGAAUGUUCAACAGGUAAGAGAAACAUAGACUACUUGGCGCACGUUAUUAACACCUCACCAGCCGUCAUCAUAGGCUGUGGCCCAAUGUUCGCGUCAGUGAUGCCCAAGAGCAAGACCCGGCCUGCCAACCCAGUCUCAUACGAUUCACACGGCUAUGUACGACAAUCACCCAAUCGCUCAGAUGAGUCCGGAAGUCACCGCUUGAAACGUAUGCUAAGCUCCAAGAAUCGAGAGAAGACUGGUGGUAAAGGGACGGAGAAUAUCAGCGUAUCCAGGACUGGACAUGAUAGUCAAGAAGAGCUGCCAGAACGUCGGACUGGAGGCACUGGCAUUUUGAUUACGGAAGAGCUGAGGGAACAGCAUGAACAGCGUUUGGAAGAGGAUCGGCGGAUGGAAGAUGCACGGCUGAAGACUGAGCAGUCGAACGUAUGA